AUGCCACAGACAGCACGAUGGGCGGGGACACCCUCCAUUAAGGGGAAGUCAGAGUCAACGCGGAUGGCGCUGUUGACGUUUAGUUUGGUGGGAUUGCAGUGCAAUAGGUUCACAUGGGGCACAGAGAUGACUUAUUGUACGCCGUACCUGUUGCAAUUGGGUCUGACCAAGUCUAAGACCUCGCUGGUCUGGAUUGCGGGCCCGUUGUCCGGGCUGAUCAUCCAGCCGCUGAUUGGAGUCAUCGCGGAUCGGUCACGCUCAAAAUGGGGCCGGCGAAGGCCGUUUAUGGUUUUUGGCUCAUUUGUCGUGGCGUUCUGUCUACUUGUGCUUGGUUGGACGACAGAAAUCGUGGCGAUGUUCGUCAAGGAGCCAGAGAAGGUGAGCAGACUGCGAGUGGGGGCUCUGGAAGGCGUGGCCAAAAACGUGACCAUUGCAUUGGCGGUCUCGAGCAUUUAUGCGGUGGAUUUCUCGAUUAACGUCGAUCAUUCAGUCCAAGCUUGUUGUCGCAGUCUCAUUGUAGACACGCUGCCCAUUCCCUUGCAACAAGCUGGGUCAGCCUGGGCUGGACGGAUGUGCGCUAUUGGUCAGCUGAUCAGCUACGUGGUGGGCUCGAUAGACACGGUCAGCAUCUUUGGCAGCUUCCUCGGAGACACGCAGUUCAAGCAGAUGACGGUGAUCGCCGCGUUCUCGUUGAUUGCGGCGGUCGCGGUGACUUCAUACUCAGUCAAAGAGCGUGUUCUGAUCUCAGCGAGGGAUUCGGAUGGAAAGGCGGGCGCGAUCCAAGUGAUCGCUCAAUUGUUCAAGACGACGUUGGAACUCCCGCCUCGCAUUCAGGCCAUUUGCUGGGCCCAAUUCUGGGCCUGGAUCGGAUGGUUCCCCUUCCUCUUCUAUAGCACCACGUGGGUUGGCGAGACUUACUUCCGGUAUGAAGUCUCGAAAGACCAAAUGACCAAAACCACCGACAUGCUCGGCGAGGUCGGCCGGGUGGGCAGUCUGUCCCUGACAGUCUUUUCAUCUAUUACCUUCCUGAGCUCUGUUCUUCUCCCCUUCUGUAUACAGUCCCCCGAUACCAAGCGGACCCGUUUCACGCCCCGCCCUCCGCCUGGCGUCGCCGGCUUUCUUAAGGCCGCCACGGCAAUCCGCCCGGAUCUGCAGACCGCUUGGCUCAUCUCCCAGAUCAUGUUUGCCGCGACGAUGAUAUUCGCACCGCUCGCCCACUCGCGCGCCUUUGCGACAUUCCUCGUUGCGGUCUGCGGGAUCCCCUGGGCAAUCAGCGGCUGGGCGCCAUUCGCGUUUAUGGGCGUCGAGAUCAAUAAGCUCACUAUGAACGGCGGUGUGGGCGGGAACAGCGGUAUGGCCGGAUCGGCCACGCGCUCCGGCGUGACAAUGAUCACCUCGGCCAGUCUGCGUAGCUCCGCGGCCGACACCGAGCUGGAGGUGCUGCGGCUGAAUCACCGCGACUUAGACAGUGACACCGAUGAGGAGGACCCGUCGUCGAAUAUCCCGUCCACCGGCGAACUCGCGGGCAUUUACCUCGGCGUGCUGAACGUGUAUACUACGCUGCCCCAAUUCGUCGGCACCUUCAUCAGCUGGAUCGUCUUCAGCCUGCUUGAACCCACGCCGCCGAACAAGGACAGCGAUGCCUCGGACACGCAAUGGAUGAAUCUGGAUAAGGACAAGCCCAAUGCCAUCUCCAUCUGCCUCUUUAUCGGGGCCAUUAGUGCCCUGGUGGCGGCUGAGGCGACCCGGCGACUACGGUACGUCCGAUAG